AUGGCUAAUCCAUUUAUGCAUGCCCUGGAAUAUAAAUGGUUAGCCAUCCUGUACUUUUCUGAUUAUUUGAUUCUAGCUUUUGAGAGCAUAUUUGAGACUCUUUUCCCACCAUCAAAACAUGUUUUCAACAAGAUUGACGAGCUCGUACAAACUGCAGAAACACUGCCAGGGAAAUUUGAUGAAGCUAUAAACAAAUUUCCUGGCCACGUUCCGGUGCUAGAUUGGGUUCUGAUUCAGAUCAUCUCAUGGCUGAAUUUUGGGAUUUCUACGUUGAAGCAUUGGGGGUUUGAAAAUGCAAAGGAAAAGGAGAUUGUGAUGGAUGUUUCUAACAGCAAUGAAUUGUCUUCAGCUCAGAAACAUCAAUCACAAGACGCUGAAAAUGACACAGUUUUUAUGACAAAUAUUAAGAAACAUGACAUGAAGGAAAUUGGAUAUGCAAAAGUUAGUAGAAGCGAGGAAAACAUAACCGCAAAUGAUCCUAUUUUAGAACUGUUCGAGUCAGGAUGGCUUACGAAUGCAGCAAGAGAUGAUAAAGGAAAUUGGUUGUCACGCUCUGUUUCAUACACAGGCUGA